UCCUUGAUGUCAUUAGAGGUCGUCAACGUCAAAUAUGAGAGAAUUGUUUGAUUGUUGUUUUUGUAUAAUUGGAUUAACGAACCAUUAAAAAUGUUGGCGUCUUGAUGGUUCCCAAGAGGUCUCACUUCCCGUGUCUCUAAUGCCAAAGGAUAAUAAAAAUUUUCAUCAAUAUGCCAAUCUAUUGGUGAUAUGCUCAUGGAAACAGUUAUGGCUUAACCAGAACUAGAAGCCAAAUAAUAUUGAUACUCCAUGCGACUCCAACGGUCUCGACUCUAUUGUUUUAUAUGGGAAAUGAAACUGCUAGAGACAUGGAGACUGAAUCGGUAAAAUCAGAGAAUAGUUCCAAGUCUAGGCGGUCCAGGAGUCACAGGGACAGGAAUAAUUAUAGACAUCACUCACAUCGAAGCACAAGGUAAGGUUCUCUUAUUUAUUACCAAAUGGAGAUUAUUUUCAGUAAAAAAAGAUCAAGAGACGGUCACGAAAUCAUAGAAGUUCAAAUUCUUCCUCAAGAUGACAAUUGGGGAGAAAAUACCACUGCCAUAACCGGAAAUACCUCCGAACAAUCCGAAUCCACAGAAGACGUAAGUAAUUGGCCCGGCGAACCCGACACCGGUUUGAGCUUCAUGUGCCAACGAUAUAUGGGAGCAACAUUAACUUAUAUGGUAUCUCUUAUAGCAUUCUUGAGUCCUUUUGCUAUGGUGGUAUUGCCCAAGCUGGGAUUUUUUCCUGCUUUAACUUCCAAGUUGGGCCUAGCGGAUAGUGCGAAGUUAUUAGCUUGCGGUUCAGAAUGCAAAGGCCAGCUGGUUUCCUUGGCAUUCAAACUGGUUAUAUUAGCGAUAGGAGCUUGGGCGGUGUUUCUACGGAAACCCCAAGCUACGCUCCCUAGGUUUUUUUUAUUCAGAACAGGCAUUCUGGCACUGGUGCUGGUGUGCACUUUCGCUUAUUGGCUGUUUUAUAUUGUGCAAGUCACGGAGACGGCUCGAGCAGCAAUAACCCCUGAAGAAACCGUGGAUUACAAGGCUCUGGUGGCUUAUGCCUCCAGCUUGACUGACACCUUGCUAUUCAUUCACUAUUUAGCUGUAGUUUUGGUUGAAAUAAGACACUUGCAGCCUACGUAUUACAUAAAAAUAGUACGUAGUCCCGACGGAGCCAGUUGCGCCUUUGCAAUAGGGCAGCUGAGUAUUCAGCGGGCUGCCGUUUGGGUUCUUGAGAAGUACUACACAGAAUUCCCCAUCUACAAUCCGUAUCUUGAACGCAUUCCAGUAUCUAAGUCUCGUAAAACUUCGUCCAGUUUCAAGUUCUACGAGGUCGAUGGGAUGAACAGUUCUCAGAUUCAGCAGUCUCAAUCUAGGGCUAUGCUAGCAGCACAUGCUAGAAGGCGGGACUCCAGCCAUAACGAACGGUUUUAUGAGGAACACGAGUAUGAAAGAAGGGUCAAGAAACGCAGGGCAAGAUUGAUUACAGCUGCCGAAGAAGCAUUUACUCAUAUCAAGCGAUUGCACAAUGACCAAGUGCCUGCUAUCCCGAUGGAUCCUCACGAAGCCGCUCAGGCGAUUUUUCCUUCCAUGGCGAGGGCUCUGCAGAAAUAUCUGAGAGUUACUCGACAACAGCCGAGGCAUUCAGUCGAAAGUAUUCUAACACACUUGGCUAACUGCCUUAGUAACGACCUGACUCCUAAGGCGUUUUUAGAGACUUAUCUAGUCAGCGAACCUGUUUUACAGAACGACAAGGAAAAGAAAGACGUGCAGACAUGGGCAUUGAUUUGCGACGAACUCUUGACAAGGCCUAUAAGAGACGGCAUUAUAUUCCAGUUGAGGCAGAAUGACGUGUCUCUGUUGUGCAAUAUCAAGAAAAUGCCUCAUUUCAAUAUUACCGAAGAAGUGAUGGAUCCUAAGAGCAAUAAGUUUGUUUUGAGAUUGAAUUCAGAGACGUCUGUAUGACCCUUGGAAACUUCAAGGUCUUUCGAUAGACUGAUUUGAUUCGCAUAUCUUUUUGUUGGCUAGGUUAAUACGAGACCAAAAAAACUUGGCGAACUUUUUUAAACGUACACUGUAUAGUAUUGUUUGUGUGAUUUUUCCAAAUAUGUAUAAAGAAGUGAGAUCAAAGUGCCCUUCUUGAGUGGUUGACAUUUAGACUCGAUGUUUGUAUUUGAAUUAGGUAAUGGAGUAUUGAACUAAGUUCGUUUAUCUCUGAAAUUCAGUUGGAUUGAAUAGUAUGUACAAGUCAGUUGUUUCAGGAAACUUAUAAAGUGUACAUGAAAGUUCAUCAAACUCAGUUUUCAAAACAAAUUUUGAAAAUUAAUUUUCAAACUUUAGUAAAAAAUAUACUUUUCUGCAAUUUGUCAACAGUAGAAAAUAUGCUGUAUAAACCUCGCCUUCCAAUGCUUGCUAGUCAUGUAGCAGUUGUAGUCUUGUUGCUUCUUUUCUUCUCUGCACAACUUGUAUUAAUCCUACGAGCCUGUCUGAUUGUUGACAAACUGUACAUAUAUAAAGCAUAUAGCUGAAUUUAGUUCUUCCCUAUUAUUUUGAAAUACUAGGCUAUAGAGUUUCCUUCAAUUCAAACCUUAAUUGUGAACCAAAUGGAGACCAUCUGUAGCACAUUAAUUUUUUCUGGGUUGGCCCUCUGUGUAUAUGUCAUUAGUGUCAAUUGUCAUAUGUCAAUGAUGUUAGUAUUGACAUUUAUGUCAUUUGUGUUUGUAUUGGGUAUCUUUGAGUUUUACUUAGAAAGUCAUUUUUAUUUCAUAGAUUUUCCAUUUAUUUUUCUUGAUAUUUGUUUAAAGUGAUAUGUAAUAUGAAAUUGAAUUAUGAAUUAACUUGACAUUUGACACAAACAACAAAUACACAAAGUAGCCAACUCAGGAAAAAUCCUUUUCUGAUAUGGUCGAUUUCUCUUACAUCAUCAAUGUGAUUCAAUAAAAUAAUCAGUUUAAAAACCGUGAAAACUGACAGUGGCGUUUGAAGAAUUUUAUUUCAGGGGGAAUACACUUGAAUGAUCUAUUUUAUUGAUAAUGAACCAGAAGAGCAUUUUGAAUUGUCUAUUUAUUUUUUCAUUCAACUGGGAAUUUCAAUAUCUGUCAAAUAACUUAGGGGAGCUCUGUUACACUGGACACCUUCCUUUAUAUAUUGACAUGAAUAUUCAUAAGUAUAAGUAAAUUCAUUGAAAAAAUAUCUGAUACAAUUGUAAAUUCAAUUUGUUUUUGACUGUUUUAUUUUUUGGAGUAUCACUAUUCCAUACUAAGUUGCCUCAGUAAGAUUAUUCAGAUACCUGAUGACAUAUCCAAAUGAUAAUUCUGAGAUAAACGAAGUUUUUGACACAUUGACUACUGACAGUAAUUUGAGUUAAAAAUCUAUACAUUUUUUUUAUUACUCAUUUUGAAUAAACUCUAGAUUAUGAAGGUUCUUGUUGUUUUACGAAUUUGCUAAUAGUUACAAACCAAAAAGUUUGAAAAUAUAAUAGAACUGUUAGCUUACAAAACCGCAACACGUGUCACAAUAUUGAAGAAUGUUGCUCGUUUGUAUUUCAAUGUUCUGUUGAUAGGGUUUUUAUAUUUAGACCAGCGGAAGUAAAAACUUUAUAUUGGCUUCACUGGAAACAAGGAUGGAACAUAUACUCUCUCGCAAUGGAAUGUCAAAUUCCUUUCUGUAAUUAUAGCAAAGUUAGGUCUGCUAACAAUAAUUUCCUUAAGGAAAGGGUAACUAUUAAGCUGCCCACUUGGUUAUGAUUGUUAACACUAGAUGGUAUCAUUAACUUGUAUAUAAUUCCCACUAUUAACUUCCGAAAGUUGCUUUUAGAGGAGGCAACAUUAGGAAACUUUCCAACUAUGAACUUUUUAUUAUGCUGUAGAGGAGAGUAACAGGAAUAUGGGAAUGUAAUGUUACUAAUUUAUUCGAAUGGAAAUUUAACUAAAAUUGAGGCAACACUGUAAUACAUCAUGAACCUAUAUUUAAUAAUUUAUUUCCAAUUCAGUAGACAGUGUGUCAAAUUUAGGUUAAUGCACUUAGAAAGCUUGAAGCAAGUUGCUUUCAUAAAACAAAGGUAUUAACGUUAUUGUGAUUGAUUUGCACAAAAAAAAACCUUGUAGGGGUCUAGCGUUUUUGGUAUUGCGAAAUUAUGAUAGGAAAAUGAAAUGUUAUUGAAAAAUAUUAGUAUGUGGUGAUCUCACUACACUGCAAAGCUUAAACAUACCUUGAAAAUCUCAACAAUCCAGUUUCUUAAUUUCAUUUAUCAACAUUUGCGAAUUGAAACAUUUGAGAGUAUGUUACUUGAUUUGUGAAUUUUCUGGAAUUGCAACUAUGAUUUUAUAUUCACUUCUUCCAUAUCGUUACAUAAAAACAGAAAAGUUGGAAUGUUAUUUUUAAUGAAAGCUUUAAACAAUGUGAACAAUUUUUUCCAAUAUAUAACCUCAGUUAGAGAAUCUUUUACUAUUCUAGAAAAUAGUAUGAACUGUUCAUAUUCAUAAUAUAAUGCGUCAUUUAUUUUCAUAAAUACUCAAGUUUGGUAGUUUUUUACCUAGCAAGUAAGUAAUAAAAAAAUAACUCGAUGUACUUAAUGAAAUCUCAUUUAUAAGUCAUGUACUUUUUUAUAUAAUUUUAAAAUUUGUACUAUUUAUACAACUGUAUUAUUUAUAUGUAUAUUUUCUGCUCAAUUUUUGAUAUUUGUAUUUAUUUUUUCUACAGUGGACCACAGGGAUGUACAGAAGCAAUUGAGAAAACAGGUGUGUUGACAUUUUUACUGUUGAAUAAAAUACCAGAAAGAACUUUUCAGAUGGAUUCAUGCACUAGUCUUGAGUCAUAAGUCACAAGUUGUAAGUAACUUGUCAUAAGUUUUCAGUCAUAACAAAUAAUAUUGAGUCAGCACAAGGUAAUGUGAUCCACCAACAUUUAUAAAUAUUGUAAACAUUUAUGGCCGGAGACAAGUGUGUUGAAACUAUUUUCCGGGUUUGUUGGCCGUGGUAUGCAAUGGAUAUCAUUAUGAAACGGAUUAUGGUCAUAUAAGUGUAUUGUUAGAGUACGGGUGUAGAAAAAAUGUUAUAUAAUGAUACACUUAUCCAAAAGUAAUCUUUAAUCAGUCGCUAUCUGAAUACAAAUUUUCUUUAUCUUCACUGCUGCUUGUGCUGCUAUCGUCAUUUGAAUUUAUAAUCACUGGAUUUACCUCUGAACGUCUGUGAAUGUUUCAUUUUCCCAAAAUUUCCGCUCUAUAUCUACUACAUGUCAGCAAAGCUUUCGCCAUUCCUCGGAAGUGAUUUGAUCAAACUUGUGCUCCGCCAGUUUCCUCACAUCUUCCAACUUGAAAGUUAACAUUCUUUUGGGACAGUAGCCCAAA